AUCCAAACUGGCUUAUUCAUACCUGGUCUACCAUUACCCACCUCUUCAAAUGUUAUCUUGCCUCCCCAGACUUUUGUUUCCUGUGCCACCUCACAUAAUUCAGACCAGAAGCACUCCCGUCUGACAAUUUCAACUUCUUCCACCUCUUCUUCUGCAGCAUCAGUUCCCAACGAUGUAGCAUCCUCAAUCGCUAUUCUCGAGACUGGAGGAACAGUGGCUACAUCACGGACAGGACCUAGUUUACCAAUUCACUCAAUCGGUGGCUCUAUUAUGUCUACUGCUGCAUCUAACUCAGUUUCUAUGCCUUCUGACAUGCAGAUUACGAAUCACCGUUUGACCCUUUAUCCUUGGUUUCAUGGUGCUGUAUCCCGGCAAGCAGGCGAAGCCCUAUUACGCAGUGGCAUCACUGGGUCCUAUCUAGUUCGCGCAUCCGAAUCGGCGCCAGGUCAGCUCUCAGUCACUGUACGCCACCUUGGUCGUGUCUACCAUUAUCGAAUUUCUCAGGAUUCACGGGGACUGGUAAGUCGUUCAUAG